AUGUGGUCAAAGAUUAGCACGUUGCUGCUGGUAACUGCUGCUGCACAGGCUUUCCUAGAAGGUCCCAACGUUUGCAGCAGGCAGGAGUCAUACCAAACGACAGUCAAAGUUUCAGAGAAUCAACCAUAUCAAGUGAAAGAAUACGCUUGGUGCUUUAAUGUGCCUCCACGAUGUUCCAAGUACAAGAUCAAGUUUCGUCAGGUGUUCAAAACGGAGACUCUUAUUAAAUAUAGGCCGGUAGAGGAAUGUUGCUCGGGUUACGCGCCUGAUGAGGGAGGGCGACAGUGUGUGCCAGUGUGCGUGAACAACUGCGUGCAUGGCACGUGCGUGGCGCCCAACACAUGCUCGUGCGCGCACGGAUAUGGGGGACCUGCCUGUGAUAUAUCAUGCCCGGACGGGAAGUGGGGUCGCAACUGUCAGAAUUCGUGCCAUUGCGUCAACGGUGGCAUAUGCGAACCUUUAACGGGGGAGUGCGCGUGCGCACCGGGAUGGCGCGGAAGGUCUUGUGAACAGGCGUGCACUGCGCCCAGCUUCGGUGACAACUGUCAGCAAACCUGCCAGUGCAAUAAUAACGCUACCUGCGACCCUGCCAGCGGGGCCUGCACUUGUCUGCCGGGCUUCACGGGACCGCUUUGUGAACGUACGUGUCCCCGCGGCGACCCAUGUCCGCAAGGUUGUCGGUGUCAAAAUAGCGGCACUUGCAACCCACUCACAGCAGAGUGCCAAUGCAAACCCGGCUGGACCGGAGAAGUUUGUGCAAAUAAAUGUCCUGUGGGAAAAUGGGGUAAAAAUUGUGAAAGAUCAUGUGAGUGCGCAAAUGGUGCUGGGUGCCAUCAUGUUACUGGUCAUUGUCAAUGUGAAGCUGGCUUCACAGGCGAAAAGUGCUUAGACGUGUGCCCGUUGGGAACGUACGGUGUAGACUGCAUGGGCAAAUGUUCGUGUCAGCAUGGGGGCGCGUGCGAUUCUCGUACCGGUGCGUGCACAUGCAAGUCAGGGUGGCGAGGCGAGUGGUGCGAACAUCGUGCAUGCCCCGAUGACAAGUGGGGUGCGCGAUGUGACAAAGACUGCGAGUGCGAUCCCGCCACUACCGACUUAUGUGAUCCAUGGACUGGAGCGUGUGAGUGUGCGGCGGGGUGGGGAGGGGAGAGGUGCGGGCGGCAAUGCCCGUUGCUAACAUACGGCAAAGGAUGCCGCAAUACUUGCCGCUGUGAGAACAGCGGACACUGCUCCCCUAUCAACGGGUCGUGUUUAUGCGCGCCGGGUUAUAGAGGUAUACGUUGCGAGGAGCAGUGCCCGUAUCCGUUAUACGGUGACAACUGCGCGGAUACGUGCGACUGUCACAAUAACGCCACUUGUUCCCACGAGACUGGACAGUGUCUAUGUACGCCUGGGUUUGACGGUUUGAGAUGUGACCGACCGUGUGAUGGCAAGACAUUUGGUUUAAAGUGCCUACAGCCUUGUAAUUGUGAAAAUGAUGCACCUUGUAACCCUGUUAAUGGCGAUUGCAUUUGUGGUCCGGGGUAUCAGGGAACAAAGUGCGAGCGCCGUUGCCCGGUUGGGUACUUCGGUCAGGGCUGCCAAUACGCAUGCAGCUGUUCGGAGAACGCUAGGGGUUGCCACCAUGUCACAGGGCAGUGCAUCUGCGAGACCAGCUGGAGAGGUGUCCGUUGCGAGACUCAAUGUGCCGAGGGUCACUAUGGAGAAGAGUGUUCUGAGCGUUGUCAGUGCUUGAACAACUCUUCUUGCGAUGCGGAGACCGGGCGAUGCGUAUGCGCUGCCGGAUGGACCGGACUGGACUGUGCGCAGCCUUGCCCGUCCGGCACUUACGGCGCCGGCUGUAGUCAAGUCUGUCCAGAUUACAAUGGUAACACCACCUGUGAUCCCGUGACUGGAAAUUACUCGUGUCCUAGUGGGUAUACUGGAGCCACUUGUGAAUAUCCUUGUCCGUUAGGCACCUAUGGGAUUGACUGUAAGGAGAAGUGUAAUUGCAAGAAUGGCGCUGAUUGUCAUCAUGUCACCGGUGAAUGUCAGUGCCUGCCUGGUUGGCGCGGCGCUCGCUGCGGCGAGGCGUGCCCGGCGGGGUGGUGGGGCGCGGCGUGCUCGCAGCCCUGCCGCUGUGCCACCGGCGCCGCGUGCCGACCUAACGACGGAUACUGCCGCUGCCCGCCCGGCUACACGGGCAACUAUUGCACGCAGUUUUGUCCGGAAGGCUACUAUGGUGAUCACUGCAUGGAGGCGUGUAACUGUUCCUCGCACGGAAACUGGGAGUGUCAUCCGGUGAAAGGUUGCAUUUGUCAUCGGAAUUUCAUUGGUGAAAACUGUGACAUACACGCUAGUGACGCCAUCGUUAUAGAUAGAGCGGAAGGUUCCUCGAAAGGUUUAAUGGUUGUGAUGAUUAUAUUGUCACUGUUAUGCGCUGCGGCCGUAAUAUUAGUUCUGUUGUAUUAUCGGAAGCGUGUGCGCAAUCUGAAGCGGGAGAUAGCGCACGUUCAUUACACCGCCGAUCCAAAUUCGCAACCAGAUCAACAACACUUCGACAACCCUGUAUAUUCAUACCAGGGGUCGACUCGCGGUGACGAUUCUGCUACCCUCUUGAAUAACGCUAACCAUAUCUUGAACAACUUAGGCAGCAAGGUCAACAAUACAACUAUGGAAAAAUUGAGGAUGCGUCCCAGCGCAUCUACAGACACGUCGUCGAGCACAUACGAUCCACUUGCCUCUUUGAAAAACAAAGAUGCGGACGCAAACAAUCCUAACCUGUAUCAUUUUAUUGAUGAUGACAACAAAUUGGACCAUGUAUACGACGAAAUCAAACAUAAGGAAGGUUAUGAAAUGGAGUACGAUCAUUUAAAUUAUACACCGCCAGUAAACAAAUGGAAGCAACACUACCAAAGGAUGGCUAACAAUAUGUUUACCAUACCGAACGCUGACGGAACGCCAGCAUCGGACGUACCGCGAACAGAUUCCGGUACACCGCCAAUACCUCCGUUACCAAAACUCCCUAACGGUACUCCUCUUCCCCCCAGGAGAGAAGACAUUGAUGAUUCUAUGCACUCAUCGAACGAAGAUACCCCACUGCCAAUACCACCGAAGAGGCAAAUAGACAUCGACUCUCCAAAUAUCAACCGAGAAGAUUCGCCUGUAACGAUUGGCAGUGCUUUUAGCGAGGCAGAUCGGUGA